UGUCAGUGAUGGAGUCCCUAGUACUAUUCACAAUCUGUUUGAUGACAAUCGAAAAUGUGCGGAGUCUUCCAGUUGAAAUGCCGACUGCGACUUAUUUACAACAAAGAGCUCAAAUUGUGAACGGAGAAGCCAAUCUACGAGUGGGAGGAAGCAUUCAAUUAUCUGCUCGAGAACAACAGGUCAAUCGACUACUGAUGGUUGCUAAAGGAAAAGAAAUCAACAGCUCUAGAACAACAAAUGGUCCAUCAUUUCUACCUUCCAUUCACUUUUUCCACGGAAAAGACUUAAUUGAAGAAAGCGAGGUUUUCCAGAUAAUCAAGACAAUGCCAAAAGGUGGGGGCCUCCAUCUGCACGACUGUUCCAUGGCUGAUAUCACCUGGCUUGUGAAGACAGUCACCUACAUGGAUCAUUGCUACAUGUGUACAGAUCAAAACAAUCAUAUUAAGUUCCACUUCUAUCAAACUCCUCCUUCAAAUCCAGGCUGUCCAUGGAAAUUGAUUGCCACAGAGAGACAAAAUGCUUCCGAUAAAGAGAAAUUUGACCAAAUGUUGUACAACAGUAUGUCCCUGAUCGUGCCUGACCCUGUAAAGACUUAUCCCACCAAAGACGUUGUUUGGAAGGCGUUAUAUAGAGUCUGGGAUGUGGCCAAUGGACUCAUCAACUAUGAACCCGUGUUUGGAAAAUACUUUCAUCAGGCCUUGAAAGAAUUUCAUGAAGAUAAUGUUCAAUAUCUAGAAACAAGGGCAUUGCUGCCAGUGUUGUACAAUUUAGAUGGCAGUACUAUUGACAACAGGACAUUCGUGAUGGAGUUAUACAAACAGAAUCUUGACCAGUUUGUGAAGGACCAUCCCGAUUUUACAGGUGGCCGCAUCAUCAGAUCUGGUUACAAAUUUGUGUCCACUAGCGAUGUGCUUCAGCAGAUAAAGGAGUCCAUAGCGAUGUUACAACAGUACCCCCAGCUAUUUGCUGGAUACGAUCUAAUGGGACAGGAGGACCACGGGAUCCCCCUGAUAGAGUACAUCAGCGCCAUCGUCUACCCGUCACAGCAAAACAUUACUCUACCUUACUUCUUCCAUGCAGGAGAGACAAACUGGGAGGGGACACCCACUGACAACAACCUCAUAGAUGCUGUCCUCCUUAACACAAGUCGUAUCGGCCACGGCUACGCAUUAACUAAACACCCCGAGACGAUGAAGCUAGUUAAGAGUAAAGGAAUAGCUAUAGAGGUUAAUCCCAUAUCUAACCAGGUUUUGAAAUUAGUGGAUGACUUAAGGAACCAUCCUGCUUCCAGCCUGCUCGCAGAGGACUUCCCUGUGGUAAUCAGUUCUGAUGUUCCUGCUCUAUGGGGAGCCCGUGGACUGUCGUACGACUUCUAUAUGGCGUUUAUGGGUAUGACCGGUGCUGAUACCGACCUGGCAAUGCUGAAAAAACUGGCCAUCAAUUCUCUACAAUACAGCGCCAUGUCGCCUUCGGAGAAGAGAACUGCCAUUACCCUAUGGCAGAACAAGUGGGAGCAAUUCAUAGACAGGAUCUUGGGCGACGAACCUCCUGCUGUUCCAUUCGUUGGCAAACAAUGAUGUAGCAGAUAUUUUAUGAGAUAAAAUUAAUAUUGUACAAGUACCCUAUAAUCAGAUAUUAAUGAAAGUUGUUAUGUACAUCCCCCCCCCCCCCC